UUCUCUCUCUCUCUCUCUCUCUCUCUCUCUCUCCCUCUCUCGCUCUCUCUCUCUCUCGGUAUCACUGCAGAGCUGAGCUGCAGGGGCAGCAGAGGCAGAGAGAAGAGAGCUCGAACUCCCGACGAUCAGUGAGACACAGGCAGACAGACAGACAGGCAGACAGAGAGACAGGCUCCACAGACUGACUGACAGACACGCCGCCGGACCAUGAUGGACUGGAUCAGGACAGAGAAACCCGUCUCCGGAUGAGACAGGACGGCCUGGCUUCUGAUUUUUGGGGGGACUCUACUUUAGAUACGUGGAAUAACCGACAACCCAUUGGGAGAUUUAACCCCGUGCUACCCGUGAUGGAAUAUUUACACUCUUCUCAUUUUCUAAAUUUUCUCCUUUCCUCUUCCUCCUCCUUCUCUUCCUCCACCACCUCCACCCCCUCUUCUUCACCACCUCACAUUUUGACACGCUGCUGAAGAUGCGCACGAAUGCGUCUUUUGCGCACUUUCAUUGCGACCGCCACUGACAGCGCCCGUGCUUUGUAACCUUUUGAAAGCUUAUUUCUGGUUUUUUUUUGUUUUGUUUUAUUUUUUUGUUUGUUUGUUUGUUUUAAGAACCAACAAGAGAGAGGGGAGAAAGAAAGGGAGAGACGGAGCGAGGUGUGAAUUGAAUUGAACGCGGUGCUGGUCUCAUGUUUCUCGCCUAGGGCCCGGAUGUACCGAGAGAUGCACCGGUGCGUUUUCCCAACCGGUUCCGCCGAAAGCUCUCUCUUUUUUCUCGCCUUCACCUCCAUCAUGGGGAUUAGGUAAUAUUCACUCCAUCCGAAGAAACCCUUCCCAUAAAUAAGAAUAACGGAAUACUCAAAAACUGUCCGUGUCAGGCAGUUCUUUCUUCUUUUUUUCCCCUUUUUAAUUUUUUUUUUAAUUUUAUUUUUGGGGGGCUUUUUUCCUCUUGUUAUUUUCCCUCCUCCUCUCCAGCUUUUUCCUCUCUCUCUCUCCCUCUCUCCUGCAUUCACCCAUAGGGAUAACGCCGGACUACAUUUAUGGUAAAUGAAAGCAAAAACAUGUACAUCCCGGAGGACACCCUUGAGAACCAUCAAGGCUCCGACUACUCUCCCCCUCCCCCUCUUCCUCGCCCUCCUCCCCCUGGCCUGACCAAUGAGCACAGUGGUGGUGGUAGCCAUAGCGACCAUCAUGGAGGAGGGGGCAGUGUCAACCACGGGGUGGGCGUGGUGGGCCUGGCCCCGGAGCACAUCCCCACCCCAGGAGCGGCCCUGAGCUGGCAGGCGGCCAUAGACGCUGCACGGCAGGCGAAGAUGAUGGGCAACGCCGCAUCGAGCGGAGGUGCUGGGCUUGGGUCGGGAGGGGGCGGGCCCAUCUCCACGGCCAGCUCCACGCAAAGGAAGAGACAACACUAUAGCUCUAAGCCCAAGAAACAGACCACAACUACAGCCACAAGGCCGCCACGGGCCCUGCUCUGUCUCACUCUGAAGAACCCCAUCCGCAGGGCCUGCAUCAGCAUCGUAGAGUGGAAACCAUUUGAGAUCAUCAUCUUGAUGACCAUUUUUGCCAACUGUGUGGCCUUAGCCGUCUACAUCCCCUUCCCUGAGGAUGACUCGAACGCCACCAACUCCAACCUGGAGCGUGUGGAGUAUCUGUUCCUCAUCAUUUUCACAGUGGAGGCAUUCCUGAAGGUAAUAGCCUACGGCCUGCUUUUCCAUCCCAACGCCUACCUGAGGAACGGCUGGAAUCUGCUGGACUUCAUCAUCGUAGUCGUAGGGUUAUUCAGUGCGAUCUUGGAGCAGGCCACCAAGGGGGACGGUGCCACUCCUAUCGGAGGGAAGGCAGCGGGCUUUGAUGUCAAGGCUCUGAGGGCAUUCAGAGUACUCAGACCCCUCAGACUGGUCUCUGGAGUACCCAGUUUACAGGUAGUGUUGAACUCCAUAAUCAAAGCCAUGGUCCCUUUGCUCCACAUCGCCCUGCUGGUCCUUUUCGUCAUCAUUAUCUAUGCCAUCAUCGGCCUGGAGCUCUUCAUGGGCAAGAUGCACAAGACCUGCGUUUCCGAGCAACUAUCCAUCAUUGCGGAUGAAAAGCCGGCACCUUGUGCACCUGACGGAGCUUAUGGCCGACACUGUACACGUAAUGGAACGAUUUGCAAAAUGGGAUGGGAGGGCCCUAACGACGGCAUCACCAACUUUGACAACUUUGCCUUCGCCAUGUUGACGGUGUUCCAGUGUAUAACCAUGGAGGGCUGGACGGAUGUGCUUUACUGGGUGAAUGAUGCAGUAGGGUACACGUGGCCCUGGGUGUAUUUUGUCACCUUAAUCAUCAUCGGAUCCUUCUUUGUACUAAACUUGGUUCUGGGGGUAUUGAGCGGAGAGUUUUCCAAGGAGAGGGAGAAGGCAAAGGCACGUGGUGACUUCCAGAAACUCAGAGAAAAACAGCAGCUGGAGGAGGACCUCAAGGGCUAUUUAGACUGGAUCACUCAGGCUGAAGACAUUGACCCAGAGAAUGAAGAGGAGGGCAUGGACGAUGACAAACCCAGAAACCUGAGCAUGCCAGCCAGUGAGAAUGAAUCAGUCAACACAGACAACGUCCCCGGGGGAGACGUGGAGGGGGAGACCUGCUGUACUCGGCUAGCAAAUAGGAUCUCCAAAUCCAAGUUCAGUCGAUACUCUCGGAGGUGGAACAGGCUGUGUAGGAGGAAGUGCCGGGCAGCGGUUAAAUCACAGAUUUUCUAUUGGCUGGUCAUCUUCCUGGUUUUCCUCAACACUCUGACCAUCGCCUCUGAACAUCACCGGCAGCCUCAGUGGUUAACUGAUGUGCAGGAUAUAGCAAACAAAGUGUUGCUGGCUCUGUUCACUGGUGAGAUGCUGUUGAAGAUGUACAGUCUGGGUCUGCAGGCCUACUUUGUCUCGCUGUUCAAUCGCUUCGACAGCUUUGUAGUCUGUGGAGGAAUUCUUGAGACCAUACUGGUGGAAACCAAGAUCAUGUCUCCUCUGGGCAUCUCUGUGUUACGUUGUGUGCGCUUGCUGCGAAUCUUCAAAAUAACCAGAUACUGGAACUCCUUGUCCAACCUAGUGGCCUCCCUGCUAAACUCAGUUCGCUCCAUCGCUUCCCUGCUGCUCCUGCUCUUCCUCUUCAUCAUCAUCUUCUCCCUACUGGGCAUGCAGCUCUUUGGGGGAAAAUUCAACUUUGACGAGACUCGACGCAGCACCUUUGACAACUUUCCCCAGUCACUGCUCACUGUGUUUCAGAUCCUGACAGGAGAGGACUGGAACUCUGUGAUGUAUGAUGGCAUCAUGGCGUACGGUGGGCCGUCCUUCCCCGGCAUGCUGGUCUGCAUCUACUUCAUCAUUCUCUUCAUCUGCGGAAACUAUAUCCUACUGAAUGUCUUCUUGGCCAUUGCUGUGGACAAUCUGGCAGACGCUGAGAGCUUGACAUCUGCCCAGAAAGAAGAGGAAGAAGAGAAGGAGAGGAAAAAACUGGCCAGGUUGGCCAGUCCAGAGAAGCGCCAUAACAACGAGAAGCCCCCUCUGGAGGAGGAGAAGAAGGAGAAGAUAGAGCUGAAGUCCAUCACUUCUGAUGGGGAGACCAACACUGGAACUAAGAUUAACAUGGAUGAGUACUGUGGAGAUGAGAGUGAAGAGAAGAACCCGUAUCCUGCCAAUGAUUACAUAGGAGACGAUGACGACGAGGAGCCAGAGAUGCCAGUGGGCCCGAGGCCGCGACCACUCUCCGACAUUCAGCUGAAGGAGAAGGCCAUUCCCAUGCCCGAGGCGCGCGCUUUCUUCAUCUUCAGCCACACAAACAAGUUCAGGGUUCUGUGCCAUAAGAUCGUCAACCACAACAUCUUCACCAACCUCAUCCUCUUCUUCAUCCUGCUCAGCAGCAUCAGUCUGGCUGCGGAGGACCCGGUCAAAAAUGACUCCUUCAGAAACCAGAUCCUUGGUUAUGCGGACCAUGUCUUUACUGGACUCUUUACCAUCGAGAUCAUUCUUAAGAUGACAGCCUAUGGAGCCUUCCUGCAUAAAGGUUCAUUCUGUAGAAAUUAUUUCAAUAUUCUGGACCUGGUGGUGGUCAGUGUGUCCCUCAUCUCCUCUGGAAUACAGUCCAGCGCAAUUAAUGUGGUGAAGAUCCUGAGAGUUUUGCGAGUGCUCAGACCACUGAGGGCCAUCAACAGAGCCAAGGGGCUAAAGCAUGUAGUGCAGUGUGUGUUUGUGGCAAUCAGGACCAUCGGCAACAUUGUCAUCGUCACCACGUUGCUCCAGUUUAUGUUUGCGUGUAUUGGAGUACAACUCUUUAAGGGCAAGUUCUUCUUCUGCACUGACAGCUCUAAACAAACUCAAGCAGAGUGCAGGGGCUCCUACAUUAUGUAUAAGGACGGUGAUGUGGGGAAGCCUCAAAGAGCCCAGAGAGUGUGGGAGAACAACGACUUCAACUUUGAUGACGUCCUGCAAGGCAUGAUGGCCUUAUUUGCUGUGUCAACUUUCGAGGGCUGGCCAGGAUUACUGUAUCGGGCCAUAGACUCUCACGCCGAGGACGUUGGGCCCAUCUACAACUACCGCGUGGUCAUCUCCAUCUUCUUUAUCAUCUACAUCAUCAUCAUCGCCUUCUUCAUGAUGAACAUCUUCGUUGGUUUCGUCAUUGUCACAUUCCAGGAGCAAGGAGAGCAAGAAUAUAAGAACUGUGAACUGGACAAGAACCAGCGUCAGUGUGUGGAGUAUGCUUUGAAGGCACGCCCAUUGCGUCGCUACAUUCCCAAGAACCCGUACCAGUACAAGGUGUGGUAUGUGGUCAACUCCACCUACUUUGAGUACCUGAUGUUCACACUCAUUCUUCUCAACACCAUCUGUCUGGCCAUGCAGCAUCAUGGACAGACCAAAAAUUUCAAUGAUGCCAUGAACAUCCUCAACAUGCUCUUUACUGGACUCUUCACAGUGGAGAUGAUCCUUAAACUGAUCGCCUUCAAACCCAGGGGGUACUUUAGUGAUCCCUGGAAUGUGUUUGAUUUCCUCAUCGUAAUUGGCAGCAUAAUAGACGUCAUUCUCAGUGAGAUCAACCCAGCUGACUCCUCCUCGUCCUCCUCCUCUUCGUCCUCCUCCUCCUCCUCUUCCUCCUCUCACCCCCCUGCGGUAAGGCCAACGGUACGCUCCGACGGUAACCUCGUCAGCCUUCCUCCCUCCUCCACCAUCCUUCCAUCCUUAAAUGCUUCCAUCCCUGCAUCCAUGGGACUGCAGAACUCUGAAGAGAACGCCAGGAUCUCCAUCACCUUCUUCCGGCUGUUCCGCGUGAUGAGGCUGGUGAAGCUGCUGUCUCGCGGGGAAGGGAUUCGGACCCUGCUGUGGACCUUCAUCAAAUCCUUCCAAGCACUGCCCUACGUAGCUCUGCUUAUAGUGAUGCUAUUCUUCAUAUAUGCUGUCAUCGGCAUGCAGAUGUUUGGUAAGAUAGCGCUGCGGGACCACACAGAGAUCAACAGGAACAACAAUUUCCAGACAUUCCCUCAGGCAGUGCUGCUGCUCUUCAGAUGUGCGACAGGCGAGGCAUGGCAGGAGAUAAUGCUGGCUUGCACGCUCAAUCGGCCGUGUGAAAAAGGAUCGACCAAUGAGAACAGUUCGUCCAACGAGGACUGUGGCAGUCAGUUCGCCAUCAUUUACUUUGUCAGCUUCUACAUGCUCUGUGCCUUUCUGAUCAUCAACUUGUUUGUUGCCGUCAUCAUGGACAAUUUUGACUACUUGACACGUGAUUGGUCGAUCCUGGGGCCGCAUCAUCUCGAUGAAUUCAAGAGAAUCUGGGCUGAAUAUGACCCAGAAGCUAAGGGGAGGAUAAAGCACCUGGAUGUGGUGACUCUGCUGCGGAGAAUCCAGCCUCCCCUCGGCUUUGGAAAGCUCUGUCCACACAGGGUGGCCUGCAAGCGCCUGGUGUCGAUGAACAUGCCUCUGAACAGCGAUGGUACAGUGAUGUUCAACGCCACUCUGUUUGCCCUGGUCAGAACCGCACUCAGGAUCAAGACAGAAGGGAACCUGGAGCAGGCCAAUGAGGAGCUGAGGGCAAUAGUGAAAAAGAUCUGGAAGAGGACCAGCAUGAAGCUCUUGGAUCAAGUAGUGCCCCCUGCUGGUGAUGAUGAGGUCACUGUCGGGAAGUUCUAUGCUACCUUCCUCAUCCAGGAAUAUUUCCGCAAGUUUAAGAAGAGGAAAGAACAAGGGCUGGUGGCCAAGGUGCCCCCCAAAACUGCCCUCUCUCUGCAGGCGGGCCUGCGGACAUUGCAUGACAUUGGUCCAGAGAUUCGGAGGGCCAUCUCUGGAGACCUGACCGUGGAGGAGGAGCUGGAUAAAGGCUUGAAAGAGCCUGUGUCAGCUGCAUCCGAGGACGAUAUCUUCAGGCGUACAGGUGGGUUGUUCAGCAACCACGUCAACUACUACAACCAGAGCGAUGGUCGCAGUUCCUUCCCGCAGUCCUUCACUACUCAGCGUCCCUUACACAUCAGCCAGAAGGGCUCCCCCUGCGAAGGCGAGAGCCCGUCCCACGAAAAGCUCAUGGAUUCAACCACUUUCACCCCUUCCUCGUACUCAUCAUCAGGUUCCAACGCCAACAUCAACAACGCCAACAACACCGGCAUGGCAGGGGUGGCAACCCAGGGAAUCAGUCGGUUCCCAAGCCCGUCCAUAAGCACUGUGGACGGGCACACGGGGCAGCCACUCACCCCGAUCCUGCUGCCAAGAUCUGCGUGGUGCUUUCCUCCGAAGAGCUCUGACUCAAGUGACAGCCGUCUGCCGAUCAUCCGGAGAGGCGAGGGAUCGACGGAGGAGACGUACGAUGAGAGCUACGGUGACGACAGGGAGUACCACGAGGACGACCACUCGCUCUCCUCCGACAUGCUGGUGUAUCAUGAUGACACAUGUAAGCAGUUGACUCCCAUGGAGGAAGGAGAGGAGAUAGAAGACAGAAGAGGAGGAGGGUGGCAGUCUCCCAGGAGAGUCUUCCUCUGCCCCACUUCUCUGGGGCGGAGAUCAUCCUUCCAUCUGGAGUGUCUCAGGAGACAGUCAAGGCCAGAUGUCUCCCAGAAGACGGCUGUUCCCCUGCACCUUGUACAUCAUCAGGCUCUGGCAGUUGCAGGGUUGAGUCCUCUGCUAAGAAGGAGUCACUCACCUACACUCUUCAGCCGGCUGUGCUCCACGCCUCCAGCCAGUCCCACAGCCCAUGGCAGUGAUGCCUCCUACCAGCGAGUGCCCUCUCUGAGGCUAGAGGGCUCCAACUCCCAUGAAAAGCUCAAUACCAGCUUGCCCUCUGUCAACUGUGGGCCCUGGUACAGCGACAGUAAUGGGAACAGCAGGGUGCCCAGUCCAAGCCCGAGCGUGUCUGUGUCCAAUCAAAGGCCACGGCCAGUGUCGCUCACAGUACCCUCACUGCUGGGAAAAGACUCCAGUUCGCUGUCUCACGGCAGCGCAGGCAGUCUGGUGGAGGCGGUGCUAAUAUCAGAGGGCUUGGGUCAUUUUGCCCAGGAUCCGUCGUUCAUCGAGGUGACCAAAGCCGAGUUGGCCGACGCCUGCGACAUGACCAUCGAGGAGAUGGAGCACGCCGCCAGCAACAUUCUCAACGGCAACACCGCCAUGAACACCACAUCCAGUACCUCCUCCACCUCCCAGCACAGCCCCAACGGCAACCUCCUCCCCUUCCACACAGCAGCAGCAGCAGCAACGCACAGGGACCAAGCGGUCAGCGAGGGCGGGGACGAGGCUGGAGGAAGCAGAGGCUCCGUCCAUGGGCCUUCCUCGGUGGAGGAGCGGCAGGUGCUGCUAGCGGGUGGGAGGGGACGAGAAGAGGAGGAGGAAGAGGCAGAAGUGAUGGAGGAGGGGCACCACAUAAGCUCUGCUGUGAUUGGAGGAGCACGGCAGAGGAACAGCGGGCUGUUGGAGGACGAGGAUAUGGAAUGUGUGACGAGUUUGUAGGAGUCGGCUUGACAGGUUCAAUCGGCCGACUGGCCCCUCUGACAUCAUCAGAAACUGACACUUGUCAGUGCUGGGUAACAGCGCCGCAGCUGGCUCUGUCUGUCCCCGCCCCUUACACACACACACACACACACACACACACACACACACACACUCACACAAAUUGUCUGCCUCUCUGCCAGACGUAAAUGCUCUGGACAUUGGCGGCCAGUAACGCAACCUUACACAUCUGGUUCUGACUUUGAUGGUUUCUAUGAGUUUGUAUGUGUGUGAAUAUUUGUAGUGAAGUAUAUCACACUAUACUCUAUACUAUCUGAGCGUAUGCUUGUGUGUAUGUGUGUGUGUGUGUGUGUGUGUCCUAUGAUUUUCUCUAUUUGUAUGUGUACAUGAGUACGUGUGUUCUCCACACGUGUCUGAGUGUGUCUCUAAAGUGCCUCACAGUUUUAUCAUGUCCUCAAAGUGUGAAGAGCAAAAGAGUAGAGACAAGAAAAAAAAGCAAAGGGAAAGCAGGGAUGAAGGAAAGGUAGCAAGGAAACAACAGAAUUUGUUUCCUGCAGAUUUCCUGCAGUUGACACAGUGUGUUUAUUGUUUUCAUUUCCUCUGCUUAUGUUGGUGUUGUGUUAUUGUGUUUGUCUGGCCGCCAUGAAGCCAGGUAGGGGACAGCAGGCCAGCUUUUGGGGGGCAUCUGUUAAGGAUUCAAAUCUGACCGCACCUACUUGAGGUCAAAGGUCAACUCCUCCUUCUUGGUCCACUGAUGAUGAAGCGCUGUAUUAGAGUAAACGGGGGGCAAGGAAAACCCUGUUUGAAAUCUCAUUUCUCUUCCUCUUCCAAAGCUAAGGAACCUUGGAGCACAGCCCUGCCAGCUUGGGGGUGGGAUGAAGGUGACACGCCACCCCCAGCCAAGGGGGGGAAGGAUUUGAGGGAUGGACCAACAGCCACAACAGGGCUGCUGUAGGGGGCCAUGGGCAGAGAGACACUCUCUGGCCAACAGAAAUCUUGCCAGCUCCUUUAUCUGCUGGCCGAUGAGACGCCAGUGAGAGACAAACUCACCUCGUCUGUCACCUUUCCUCCGCCGCUUCUACUCGUUUGGCCACGCCCACUUCCUGCCCCAAACAGGAAGUGGGAGGAGCAUUUGGUGGCUAGGCAGCGACAGGGAGCCCCCUUUUCUGCCUCAUACCUCGCCGUUCCUCACUCCUCCCUCUUUCCUUCCUCCCUCCUCCUUGGGUAUUCCACCAUCUGUCUCCCUCCAUCGCUGGGUUUUUGCUUUUUCAGCCCUCGGGAGGCGAGUGUGUCAAACAGGGCAACAGAGAUGGAGGGCGCAGUAGAGAACGGGAGUGACUGAUUGAAAAGAAAACAGACUCUGGGCAUGGAUCUACAUGGGAUCUGUCCGUCAGUCAACCUCACUUCCUUCUCCCGCCUCUUCCUCUCAGCGUGGAAUCCUGUUGGAUUUGCUGCCACACACUCUCCCUACAGACCACGCCCACAAUGUAUUUAACAGUUCAAUAUUGUGCAAAACUGGCUAGCCAUGACUAAUUUGUUUUAUAUUCAUGAUGUUAUUGGUUUAAUUUAUCCUUGAUUUGUUUGCACAAUCGGGGUGCUGGUCUUAUAAAUGUAUUUUUGCUCGGUUUAUUUUAGGAGAAUUUUAAGAGGUUUUAAGUAUCGAAGCAGGGCGUAGUGUUUGCGUGCGAGUGUAUAACUAUAUUUGUGCGUGCGCGCGUGUGUGUCUGCGUUUUAGUACAGGAUGUAUGCGUGUGUGCGAAUGCGUGAGAUAGAGUGUAUCCAAAAGGGGGGUCUUUCUCUCUAUCAGUAUGCACCUUUUACAGAUUGUAUCUAUUUAUUUAUUUAUUUUUCCCAGAAGAGAAAAAAAUGUGUGUGAGGAUGUACGUUUGUAUGUACGUGUGAGUGAUUACUUACGUAUUCUAAAAAGCUGAUUUUAAGCCUAGACAGUAAAUUAAGGUAGCAUUACAAGUAUGGUAUUGUGUGCGUGUGUGUGCGUAUGCGUGUGUGUGUGUGUGUGAUAAUGGGCCUCCUUAACACAGGGUUACCAUGGACAGGCAUGCUUCCAAAGCUUUGUGGUUUCUUUAGCACGGUUUUUACUUUUUAGCCAAGCUGCAGAUUCAGAAGCCACUCUGUCUUUUGAAAAUUAGUCAUUGCGUAACUUUCCUUUAUUUUUCCGUUUAGAGCUAGUUAGGCAUAAGGUCUCCAGCGAGGUCAGAGUGAUGGUCAAGUUUACAGCGGCGAUGAGUUUCGGCAUUGCGGCUUAGGCCGGAAGGUAACGAGUCUUUUGGCUUCCGCUGCUGCUUCUUCUUUAUGGUGGAUGGUUGCUCUGAACGGUAGAAGCACCAAAUCUGUAAUGCCACAGUGAUGUUUCAUGAAUGAACUUGGGGGAUGAUGACGCUAUGACGCUAGUUCAUCAUUUAAUUGUAGUUUAACCUCCAAAUGACCUAUUAGGGCUGGUGUGCAGAUGCUGCAAGACUUCUGAGUCACAUCUCUUUGUCAUGAUGAGUUAUUAUUGAUUUUUUAUCAUUGUUAGAAAUAAAACAGUUCCCUGUCUGUAGUAUCAUUUACUAGUAAAACUAAGUACUGUCAAAAUUAUGCUACAAACAGAAAUUUACUGUUAAUUUAUAAGAUGUGGUAAUUGUUUUGGUAUAUUCUUGGAUAUAAAUUCAAAAAACUGUCAUCUUGGAAGGAAGUUUCAUCCCAGUCUUUUCAUUUAUUUUUUUCUAAUGAGUUUCAGGUAGCGCAUCAAUUUUUAUUGAUCUUUCUGUAUUAUGGCAUUGGUAUGUCCCUAUUGGUGUUGUAUCUUCUCCCAAAAAAACAACAUUCCUUGUCACAUAUUAGACGGCUUUAUAGUAUUUAAAGCUGAAAUUUAUCAGUUCAGCUCUUAAACUUUGGACAACGUAAUUGUUGUUUCCACCAUGCUAAGAUACUGGGAUAGUGCUGAAAGUCUGUAUCUUACCAGACCAGUGCUCACAUUGCAGAUACAUCUCAGUGAUAAAGUCAGUUUCAUGUUAAGGUUACAGUAUUAAAAAGAGUACUUCAGAACUCUUGUUAGCUUAAAAUGUUGCUUAAAAGAAAAAUCUCUCAAAACGUCACACUGAAUUACCACUCAGAGAUCACAUGUCAGCUUAAAGCCAUUAGUUUUUCACUUUCAUUUUCCCAUCAGCAGCUAAUUGCUGAACUCUCAUACAUGUUGAGCAGAGCAGGUUUGUGGCAGGGGAGGGUACGCGUGAACACACUGCCAUACACUGCAUCCUGUGCCAGUAACAGACUUCUGACAUUAUUAUGCAAACUUAAUGUGAAUGUUGAACGUGUUCUUCGUGGCAGUGCUAUCGUUGUUUUGUGGUUAUGAUCAAACUGCGUGCCCUGAAGAAGUCUGUAAUGUCAAAGGAAAUACUCUCCCUGAUAUUUAGACUGUUGUUUUUUUUUUCUUCCUAAAAAAGCUUCAGUGUUUCGUUUUUUCUUUCACUUUUUCCAAAAGCACCUCAUUAAAAUAGUUCUUUAUUCAAUCAACUUGGUACCAUAAGCUAACAGGCUUCUUUGCAGCUAGUGGCUCCAUUUCAGUUUAAGCUGUUUCUUUUGGUCAUACAAGCUAGGAAGGUAGGUUUAGGUGUAUGGUCACACAGGUCAGUGCGUGUGCAUGGAGGCAUCUUGGUUCAGUGUUUUAUUAUCCAAUUUAUAUCUCCCUUUGUGCUUUCAGUUUUGUUUCCCCACUUUGUAGAAUCAAUCCUGUUAAAGUUAAUUUAAGCCUGAAUUUAAAUUCCCCUCCUGGUUAUUUAUGCUAAUUUACUUGACAAACCUAAAGGCUAUUAGGUCUAAAUUCUCAAUCCUAAAUGUAACCAAAAGGCACUCGAAUUGUAAAGUAGUAGUUUUUGAACUCAAGCUGCUACAUAUGAGCAGGUGUGCUUUCUAUGGAACCAUUUUGUUUCGUAUAGCAACAACAGCUAUGAAUGUCACUCUCUCAAGGCAGUUUUGAUAAGAAAAAAAAUGACAAUAAUCACUUUAAUUAUCCAACACAGACUUGACCAGGUUAAAAUCAGGACGGGAAGAUUUCCACAAGGCUGCAUCACUCAGAAACUACAUUCACGUUGAAUCCUUUACUUUUUGCGUUUCUAAUUACUGUUCAUUUACAUAUUGUAGACACACACACACACACACUCCUAUAAAGUAACACUGCAUAUCAGAAGUGCCGAACAGGGCUUUGUUUCUGUCUGAUUAAAAGGUUCUUUGGUUUCAAAUGCAGCUGAGAGAGAUUCAGAGGCCUGUGGUGCCCCGUGUGGCGUGGAGCAGCAUUGCAGCUUUUCUGUCCUGUACAGGUGAACGUGAACAGUGAGGUGUUGUGUUGCAGUAUAUGGUAUGAGUGGGUGUAAUCCCGCAUCCCACAAGAUAUGCAAAAACAAUGCAAUAACUAUGACUGUAUACAAGGUUCCCGAAGUAAAUAUACUUGUGAAAAGUGAAAAAAAAAAUCAAUAUCAUGACAAUGUUUUUUGUUUCCUUUUUGUUUGUUUUUUUAGUUUGUUACACUUUUAAGUAAACUCAGUGGUUUCAUUGCCAGAGAAACCUAACAUACUUGAAAUCAGGUACAUUGCAGUGCAGUAUAGUGAAGAUGUGAUUAUUUAUCUUUAUCGUUCCAGGGUGUUGGGUUUGCAUCUGCAGUCAGAAAUGUGUGUUGAGAUGGCAGCAUGAAAUUGAUGGUGUUUUUUUUUUUGUUUGUUUGUUUUUUUUUGUUUUAGUUUUUUUUUUGCUCAUGGUUUAACAUCAAGACAGUGGAGAGACCCAGAACGAACAGCUGAUCUCUUAUCAGCAAAAACAAGUAACUUCAUGACUCAGUAGGUUUUUGUCCCUUUUCUCUUGUUUAUUUCCACUUUGUUUCCAAGUGGGUCGAGCUGCCACUGUGGGCGUACAAUCAGUAUUGCAUGCUGUUCACGUGCCAGGUUUUGCAGUUUUGUAUUUAUCAGGUUAAGUAUCAUGUCACACUACAACAGAGUAGCUAUUUAUAUUUGGUGUACAUAUGAUUGAAGUCAGUAUUUCUUCUCCACAUAAACAUCUGACUGUGAACUGCAGUGGAGGGGUGUUUCCACGGUAAUUUUGCAUAUCUUGUGUCUUUGGGGUCUCUUGGUUCAGUUUCUGAUUGUUAUCCUUGAGAAGGACGGAGCUCAUGUUCAUAUGAUUGUGAGAAGGUUGAGAGAAAAAGCAAACCGAAGGAUUUUUACCCCCCAGUUUCGACUACUUCUGCCUACACGUUGCCGUAGUUUUUCUUCAACUUCUAUUUGUUUUAUCCUCGUCUGGCGUGUUGAAGUGGGGAACAAGUUAUAAAUGGACCAAACUACCCAUAAUUAUUAGCUUUUCAUGAAAACAUUGGCGGAUAUAGUGUUGGUCCCGCAAACACAUGCACACUUUGUUGCUUACUUGUUUUAUUUAAACACAGUCAGUCAGUGUUGUCCUGCAGUGUAAUCUACAAAGGAAAAACAUGGAAAUAACCACAGCGACUACUACUUUGCAACUAUUUAAGUUUGAUAUUUCAUGAAGUUGAUGCACUCACAAGAAGAAAAAUGGUAGAAAUUUAUGCAUCAGAUGUCGACAUUCAGCCCCUAGCGUGGGUCAAACUCCCAAAUAUGAUACGUACUACAUUUCCCACAAUUCAACACGUCCUCUGUAGGUCUUUUGAUCUCCAUGCCCUCAGUUUUCAAUGCAGACUACAACUGCAUUAGUUGUAGUACACGUCACGGUGUGUAAACUAGCCCUGUGUACGCGUAAAAUGUAUGGAGUGGCCCUUUAAACAAAAAAAGAAAAGCUCAUUACAGGUAGUUCCCGAGAGUUGUCAGAAUACGACAAAUAAAAUAUUUUGAUACUAAGUGUAUUUCCUCAAGAAAAAGCAAAAGAUAGAGAGAGAGAGGAAAGGCUCGGUUCAUCGACGGAUGACAAUCUGACAGUUUGAGGCAGCGGUUGUUUUGUCUGAGUAAGAAUGUCAGAUGGAGAUUUUUUUUUUUUUUUUUUUUUUGCUUUUAUUUCAUCAUAUUUGACAUUCAGGGUGGUCUGACAUGGUGAAUUAUAUAUCCAAGUGAUGUUUUUUGUGCAUGGGUUUCUCUCUCUAGGGAUAUAAAGUAUUGGUCCUAUGUGAAUGAUAAUGUCUUUUGUCUCACCACUAGCCAAUGAUUGUAUAUUUUUAUAUACCAUCUACUAUAGCAAGAUAUAUAUGGAUAUAUUAUAAUAUUUAAUCACCAGAAUGUUUGAGCAAGGAAAAGGCAGGACACUUAUUUGGGAAUGUAAGUUACUGAAAUAUUGGUCAUGAAAAUGUGUUUAUAUAAUAGGCCUACUGACUGGGGGUCAGUAUGAAUUUAUUGAGCAAAGGAAUCAUGUAGUUAUAUUUACUGAAGAAGAGACAUCGUAUGAUUAAGCUGAUGGCUUAUAGGGCUUUUCGGUCAUUUCACAACAGUCUUUGUUGUGGCUUUUCGGCCCAUAGAAAUAUGGCUUUGUUUAAAUAUGAUUAGCAGCAGAACAAAAAUAAGUUUUCAUUUUUAGUGAUUUUUAAAUAAGGCCACACGAAAUCUACCCAUUGGCAGUGCUGCGAGUCCAGAAGCAGGAGGCUCUUUGUUUAGCCACCAGGGAAUAGAAACUCAAAUUUAACAACCUGACAUCCACUUUAAAUUUUCAAGCAACAUAAUCUGGAAUCUAAAAUCUGUUUGCCAGCGUUUGUUUUGUUUUGUUUUGUCUUGUCGUGAAGUGUUUUGACAUGAACCUACCAGCAGUCUGUCGGUGCAGGUCAGAGUCUGGACAUUUUCCUACUGUAGCACUGAGAGACCAGCGUCUCUUUCACAAGUCCUACAUCAGCAACACACGCACAUAAACACACUGUACACUUUUGCAAAUGCAUUACUUAAGCUAUUAAAGGCAUCUAACCAAAAAGAAAAAAAAAUCCACCUUUCAAGGACUAGAUCUCUCUAUGCUUUGAGCCAUGAAAAUCAUGUAGCUUCAAUUUUUUUCUUCCAGGAAAGGAAUUAGAGGACUUGAACUACAUCUAUAAGGCAGACAGGGACAGAGUUCUGGACAAUGUGUUCAUGCAGCAUUAAAAAGACACACACACACACACACACAAAAAGAUGUGUUGGAUUUAGUCUGGAAAAGAAAAAUCUAUCAGAUUUUAUUUUAUUGUGGCAUCUAAAAAUGUUGAAUUUAUGUGCUUGGGGGCGAUGAAAACUCUAAAAUAUUUUCCGUUUGUGUGGAAGAGCUGCUAUACGUGUACAUGAAUAAAUUUCAAGCUGCUCAGUAUUAAGAAAAGAUGUCAUCUGCCAUGCUUUAACAAAUAUAGUGUUUUACACACACACACCAUUUAAAAAGUAUUAAGAGUUUUGUGUUUUUCCUCAGCUAUACACAGAUAUGUCUUACCUGUCAGAGAGAGUGAGACAGGAGAGCAGGAGUCGUGUUGUUUUUUCCUGCCUCCGUCGCUCACAUUUCCUCACGUGGAUCUGCCAUCACUGCAACAGAUAUAUUUUCUAAACAGAAGUGUUUGUCUAUCGCCGUUUGAUCCUGACAAACAUAUUUUAAGAGGACUAUUUUGAAUAUAGACUUUAUUUUCCUUUAUUUCUAGGUAAAAAUAAAUAAUCAGCACUAGCCUGUGUCGUCGUAGGAAUCUCAUAAAAUCCUAAUCAAAUAUGAAUUCCCUUUUCGGGAGAAACGAGAGAGGACGGUCUCUUUGUUUCUCCGUUGUACAGAUGUUAUUAUGAUGCCACGCCAAUGAACGCUUUGAGAAAUGGAACAGAAGGUGAAAGAGGAGAUAUGUUAUUAAAUACAAGUUUAUAUUGCAAGUCUCUUUUAUUUUAGAUAUUAUAUAUAGAAACAAUAUAUCUAAAUUAUAAGAUAUUGAAUGAAAGUUUGAUGGAUUUUGCAGAGAAAGAAAUCUUGUUGUUGUUUGAAGGGGAAUGCAGCCCGAGGAGGACAAAAUUGUUUUAAUGUUUUUUUACCAUCAGCUGAAUGUUUGUGUUAAGUUCACAAAUUAUUACCAAUAAGUUUCCUUUGUGUGAAAUUUAGCUUUUGUCUGUUGCCAGUGCAAGAGCAGGACUUUUCGAGAGAAACAAAGUAUAGUGGGAUAAUAGUUAUUUAAUUCCAAGAUUUAGGCAGAAGUGGUGCAUUACACAGAAUGACAGUGACACAGUAUAUAGACGGAUGAUUGAUUAUGAGGAACACAUUUAUAGCCUGAAAAAAGUUGUAAUAAUUGGAUAUAACUGUAUGGAUUGGACUGGUGUCACAGAGUUUCAAAACCGAAAUCAACUGAAAGAAUCUUGAACCAACCUUCUGCAUAUUGUGCUGCUCUGGCUCACAGUGACACUUAAAUGCAUGUGAAGUCUUGAGACAAUAUAAUCUGUUCACUGGAAAUGAUGGUGAGGAACAUAAAUAUGGUUUAAUUACAACCCUCUUCCUUUUCCCCGGGGCUGCUCAGCCCUAAAAUGAACCAAAUAGGUUACACUUGCUUGCCCAGUAGAUUUAGAAAUGACAUGUAGGAUAGUUAGAUACGAGUCACCCACUGGGUGGUAGCACAUACAGCAGCACUCCUGUAUGAACAUUUAGGACGACUGUUAGUGUUGUAAGGAUCCUUAAAGCCUUGUGUUCAUCACUCAUUCCUUCUUUCACUGCUCUUCACCCACUCAAAUGAAUAAUAAAUGAUAAAGCAGAUCUAUCCAUCUAUCAGACACAGAGGUUACUCCUGAUGUUUCGCUUUUUUUUUGGAGAAGAACGCUGCGCCCGCAGUCUGUCCAUUGAGCGGAGGACUUUUCCGUACCUACCAGCUAUAGUUUCAGUGACUUUCUUCGGGAUAUCACAACAGCUAACAAGUCUCAGCUCUGAAGGUGUGGCAGCAGCUUAACGAUGCAGACUUCCUGUGCUGUGUCCUGUGACUUCAGUGCUUCUGGUGUUUGUCCUUCAGUGGAGCCAUGAAUGUCUCGCUUGCCUCCCUGCAUCUUCUACGUCUCUCUCUAACUUCACUGACGAGAGCUUCUUAUCGUUGUGCCAUGAAUGAUAAAGAUUUCAUCCCUUGAAUGUAGGACGCGGUGACGCUCAUAUCAGUGUUCUUACAUAUCUG